AUGAAAAAGGUGCUGCCUCUGUCACCUCUCACCGCACCUUUCUUUGGGAGCUCGCCUCAUGCAAUCCAGCGAGGCGCUAGAGGGUCGCCUCGCCGCCGCCGCCGCCUGGCACUCGUGAAAGCCACACUAAGGUGCAAAGGAUUCUUGGAUCGAGAUGUGAGGCUCAAGUUACCAGAGGAAGCAAAGAAGGAUAAAGCUGUUAAACAUGCUCUUGCAGUUCGUGCAGCUGUAACCUCAGGAAACUAUGUUAUGUUCUUCAGAUUAUACAAGACAGCUCCUAACUUGAACAUAUGCCUCAUGGAUCUCUGUGUUGAAAAGAUGCGCUAUAAGGCUGUAAGCUGCAUAUCCCGGUCAUAUCGCCCUACUGUGCCUGUUUCAUACAUUGCACAGGUUUUGGGCUUCUCCAGCACAAGUGAAGGAAAUGACCAGGUCUCAGUUGGAUUAGAGGAAUGUGUAGAGUGGUUGAGAGCACAUGGUGCAUGCCUCACUUCAGACGGUAAUGGAGAGAUGCAGCUGGAUACAAAGGCUUCAUCUUCUAGUCUUUAUAUUCCAGAACCCGAGGAUGCUGUGUCCCAUGGAGAUGCUAGUCUGGCUGUUAAUGAUUUUCUUGCACGGACAUCCUUGUAGUCAAAAUGUAAUGAUUGUAU